CAAAUAAUUCAGCUCUCUCUUGAAGUUAAUUUUAAAAACGACAUUUAAUUCAAAAGUGUAAUUUGAUGGCCUUCACUAUCAUGGAGAAAAUUGCAGUUGUCCAGUAGAGAGUUACUGACACCCUCCACAUGGAGGACAAGCAACAAAAAGCAUCGAUAACGGAGAUGGGCAAUCACAAAAUGACUGUAUUAAAAAAAGUUUAGUGGAAAGAAAGUGUAGCAGAGAAAAAACACAAGAAACAGGGGUGACAAUAGCUUUGUGAAGACUGUCAAACAAGGCUCAUUCCAGCUGGACUCAGUCAUUUAGGAGCCACACAUCUUGCCAUGUGCUACAGAUGUUACAUUCCUCGACUGAAGCCAGGCCUAAAUCAGAGACAAUGUCAGAAGCAUCUCACCUGGGAUAAGGAGAUAAAGAACUGGACUGCUCUUAGUGGUCCAAAGUCCAAAGGUAAUGUUUGCAACUCUUAUGUAAUUUUCUACUUGUCUGAGAAACUGAAGUUUAGGUUUUUCUUCCACUCAACUUUCUAUCAUUAUGCUCUAUGAGCAGACGGCAUCAUUAGCAAUGACUGCGUGUGGUUUAACAUGUUUGUGCAUGGUGUCACCGACACCUCUGGAUAACUGUCAAGUGUUCAUUAGCUGUAAUUAGGAAAACUGACAGAAAUAAACAUUUAAUAUAUGGAACUCUGUGCGUGUGCAAUUAAUGUAUAUUAUAUAUCGAUUCUUUUUUUAUUUUAACGGAACAUAUUUUCCAUUCCAUUGGGAUGCUUUUGUAUUUUGUACGAUCAGAUUAAAAGAAAUCCUGCUAAAUCGGAGGCUUAUGUGCAUUGUUAUCAUUCAACCUAUAGGACUUGGCCCGGGAUCAGUUCAUCUUCCAGGAAAUCUUCCUAAACGAUGGGUUUGUUAGCGCUGUCUCAUUCGUCCCGCUGCUCUCCAUCCCGGCGCUCCGACUUCUCCGCCUCUUCAGUUUCUCCCCACACAGCAGGUCACCUCAGAGAGACCAGCUUCUCCCACCAGGCUUCAGACAUAUCUUUCGGUUUCCUGAACCUCUCUUUGGAGUUGUUUUUUGUUGUUGUUGUUGUUAUUGAUUUUGUUUCUCAGAUGCAGUUUCUGGUCAUCACUCUGAUGUGUCUGACUCCUGCGCGCUCCACCCCGCCUGCCGGAGCGGAGGAGCGCUGGACCGGAGGGGCGCACCAGGAGGAGAGCUGAUGUGGCGCGGCAACAUAGAAACAGCUAAGAGUAACUCAAUUACAGCAGACUUUAUUCACGGAAAUGACCGUAGACGACGUGGAGCAAGUGCACCGCUGUCACUCUCGCUUGUUGUGUUGAACAAAAGCUGUAAGCGUUGCUUGACUCGACUGUUUGCGCGCUGCUUUCAAAGUGAUGCCAGGUCGUUUUGCAGUGUUACUGGAGUUAAUGCAUGUGCGAUUACCUCUCCGCACCCCGCUGAUCAACCUCUUACACCUGACUCUUGAGCAAUGGUCACUGAGGGUCACGUUUCAGCGCGACGGACUUAUCAAACUAUUGCGCUUUCUGGCUUUUACGACCGUGUCUUGAUUUACAGAUAACUUUUGAAGCUUGGCCAAGCUACCGAGACCGUAAAAAACGAACCCGAAGGCAUGGUUUCAUCCUGCACGGCGAGGCUUGCGGGACUUUACAAGUUGUAGUCCACUUUGAGGCAGAGAUCCAGUGAGAGGUGGCAGGAGAAACAGUCGUGACAGGGGGUGGGGGGGGGAAAAAAUGCUCGGAAGUCCAUCCAACAACGGCGGCCUCAGAAUGCUCGCUCCCCCGGCCCCGAACGACGACAGGCGGGUAGAGUUCGUGGCGCUCACCGCCGUCCAGACCGAGCGGAGCGAGCCGUCCACCCCGGAGCGCGGACACCCGUCUCACCGCACGGGGCUCCUGGGCACCCCGCUGCCCGGACCGCCCGGACCCCGAGCCAACGCAUCCGCUUCAAGUAAGCGCUUCAGAAAGUUGCAAAACUGCCUUUACAACGUUCUGGAGAGGCCGAGAGGUUGGGCGUUCAUCUAUCAUGCAUUCAUUUUCCUGCUGGUGUUCAGCUGCUUGGUGUUGUCUGUGUUUUCGACCAUUCCUGAGUACCAAAAGAUGGCCAAUCAAGGCCUCUUCAUCCUGGAGUUUGUAAUGAUCGUGGUGUUCGGCUUGGAGUACUUCAUCAGGAUCUGGGCAGCUGGAUGUUGUUGCAGAUACCGGGGAUGGCAGGGACGCCUGAGGUUUGCCAGGAAGCCCUUCUGUGUCAUAGAUUUCAUCGUGUUUAUCGCAUCGCUAGCGGUGAUCGCCGCAGGGACGCAGGGCAACAUCUUCGCCACGUCAGCCCUGCGCAGCAUGCGUUUCCUGCAGAUCCUGCGCAUGGUUCGCAUGGACCGGCGCGGAGGCACCUGGAAACUACUUGGCUCCGUGGUUUAUGCUCACAGCAAGGAGCUGAUUACAGCCUGGUACAUCGGGUUCCUGGUGCUCAUCUUUGCCUCCUUCCUGGUCUACCUGGCUGAGAAAGACAUCAACUCAGAUUUUGGCACCUAUGCAGACUCCCUCUGGUGGGGGACUAUAACUUUGACCACCAUUGGGUAUGGGGACAAGACGCCUCGAACGUGGCAGGGACGACUUCUGGCGGCUGGUUUUGCCCUCCUGGGUGUCUCUUUUUUCGCCCUGCCUGCUGGAAUCUUGGGUUCAGGCUUUGCCUUGAAGGUUCAGGAGCAGCACCGGCAGAAGCACUUUGAGAAGAGGAGGAUGCCUGCUGCAAAUCUCAUACAGGCUGCAUGGCGUCUCUAUUCUACAGAUGCCAAACACUCGUAUCUAACAGCAACAUGGUAUUUCUACGACAGCAUGUUGCCUUCGUUCAGAGAACUGACGCUACUGUUCAGUCACCUCCAGCGACAACGUAACACCAAGAAGGUUCUGCAGAGCUCCUACAACACGCUGCUGUCUGGGCUCCGGCCCUACAGCUCCCCCUAUCUGUCGAGGGACAGUAAAAUGGGCUUCCGGGAUCGGAUCCGGAUGAACAACUCCCGUUCAUCCCAAACCAUCCGGAACAAGGCUUCACCGCUGCCGCCCGGCUCCGGCGUCCGGCGCUCCCCGAGCCAGGAGAACAUCCCUGAAGCCACCAGCCCUGGAAAGGUCCAAAAGAGCUGGAGCUUUAACGACCGCACGCGCUUCCGCACCUCCCUUCGCCUCAAGCCACGCCCACCUGUUGAUGUGGAGGGGGUUGGAGAGGAAAGCGUGGAAGACAAGUCAUAUUGCGAUGUGGCCAUGGAGGAGGUGAUUCCAGCUGUGAAGACGCUUAUACGAGCUGUAAGGAUCCUGAAGUUUCUAGUGGCGAAGAGGAAGUUUAAGGAGAUGCUGCGUCCAUAUGACGUGAAAGACGUCAUAGAGCAGUACUCUGCAGGACACCUGGACAUGCUGGGCCGCAUCAAGAGCUUGCAGAUGAGGGUGGAUCAGAUAAUUGGGCGAGGAGGUGUUCAGCCUGAUAAAAAACUGCGACCCGAAAAAGGAGAGAAGACUCCUCCAGAACUGGAUUCCCUGGACGAGCUCAGCAUGAUGGGCCGUGUGGUCAAAGUGGAGAAACAGGUACAGUCUAUAGAAAACAAGUUGGACCUCAUGCUCAACUUCUACUCGCAGUGCUUGAAGAAAGGUUCCUCCCACGUCACGCUGUCCUCCCUCCUGGACCCCGACUUGACGUCUGACUACCACAGCCCCACGGACCAAAGAGACCUCUUCCCGUCCGCUAACACACUGAACAUCUCCCAGUCUGACAGCGGGAACUUGGAAUGACAAUGGGACACAGACACUAACCCUUUACAAUAUGUCCUCCUUACACUGAGUCCUCUCUCUGAGCAGCCCAGCAUACCAAACUUCCCCUUUAAUUCAGAUCUGGUAUGAUUGCCCCUCCCAUCUCAAGUCUCCAUCCUCAGCCCUUUAUCCUGGAGUGAAUGUUUCUGGAGCUCGUCAGACAUUGGCCAGUAGGUGGCUCCAGCUGACGAGGAGCCUCAGCCAAAGCUGCUUACCGCACACGCCUGUCAACUCACUGGAUGAGGAAAGUACUUGACUACUGAAGCAGUCUCACCCACUCACAUCGUGCUGUAUAUCUAAACCUACUUUUAAACUUUAAUUGUAGACAGACUGUGGAAGUCUGUCUACAAGACAUUGCAGAUAUCCGGAGGAAUCGUCUCUUUCCUCUUUAUUGUCUGGUUUUAUUUUCCCUUGGGCACUUCAAUCGACUGAAAGUCGUUUAAGAGCGUUCCCAUUCCGACAUUAGGGUGACAACACAGUUUUUCAUGCUGUGAUGAAUGUAGCUGUUCCUUUGUUCAAGAGAAACUGCAUUCCAAGAACAAGAGCGAUUGACACCUGAAGGAAAAACACAGUUGGACCUGGAUCAGCUGCACCGGCACAAGGUCCCACCCAGCAAGGGAAAUUCUGUUUUCCAGAUCAGACGUUAAUCACCCAAACGUUUCGCAUGAGAACAGAGUGGAACUAAUGUGCUGGACUGACUGUGGAUUUGGACUGUACCUUAGUGUAAAUUGUUGUUUGUUUUCACUUGUAUAUCCUCUUUAGGAAGUCUGGUCUCUGACAAGCCCAACAGCAAAAAAAAAGAAAAAAAAAAAAGACACACUUUUUGUUUCCAGCUCAGCUGGCAUUGUAUUGAGGAUUAUGUAGGAUUUAAUAGAGCCAUGGUGGUCCGUUGUAAUUCUCAGAUCUCUCUUUUGCAAUUUUUCCAGACUACUGUGCGAACUACGGCCAUUUUAGUGAUAUACACUUUUAUUUUUAAAACAAAACCUCUAAAAGUCUUUGUCUUGCAGCCCAUAAUCCUGCCAUAUUUAUUCAUCAGACUUGCUUUUAAAGGGAUAGUCCAGAAUUUUAGUGGAGGAGCUCUGUAAAAACAUAAUGAAAGGUUAAUAUAUCUGUCAGAUCCCGGUUCUCUUGGUGUCUUUGUUUUGUUUAAAUCCAGAACUUUGGACCCAGAGGCUACAUGUCUAAUUUAGCGAAUUUACCUACUAAAUGGUAAAAUUUAUAUCUGUUGUAUAUUUAAGAAAAACAAAAUAAUUUGCUUUCUUAUCAAUCAAUCAAUCAAAUUUUAUUUGUAUAGCACAUUUCAGCA